AUGUAGCAAUGAAAGCAAAUGAGAGGGGGGGACACAACAUAUACAUAUAAGCUAUCCGGCUCCCUGCAAAAAUUGCCCUCAUCAAUCCACCAAAAUGGCCCUUUUGGCACUGCUAUUUCACUUUGAAAGCCUUAGCUGGAAGUUUAUUGCAGCCUCAGAGGUGACCUUCUGUUUGAAGUAUCAGUUAAAAAGAGGCCAUAAACAAAAGCCUACCUCAUUAAAUGCGCUUCAAAAGGAAGGGCUAUUGAUUUGGCCUCGAGUCUUUGACUUUCCUGUGGCCACUUGUACUUGGUGUUCACUUUAAGUUAGCCGUGUUGCUCCUCACAGAUUUGCACUAUCCAUCCAAAUCC